GGCCCCAGCGACGGCGCAUGCGCGGUGCGGGCCGAGUGCGGGGUCGUUGCCACCAUGAAGCUGUUAUUUACGUGUCAGCCCCUCGCCUGACGCCGGCCCUGAGCCGGCAGAUGCCUGCAGCAUGAGCGUGUCCCAACACAAUGAGAGGAGGCAGUCCCUUCUCGAAAGGCUUCUUGAUGCAGUUAAGCAGUGCCAAAUUCGCUUUGGUGGAAGAAAGGAAAUUGCAUCAGAUGCAGAUAGUAGGGUGAUCUGUCUCUGUGCUCAGUUUGAGACUGUACUACAGCAUGGCUUGAGGAGAAGCAAAGGAUUAGCACUUACAGCAGCUGCUUUCAAACAAGCAGCAGGAUUUGCCAAUAAAACAGAAACAGAGCCUGUUUAUUGGUAUUAUGUAAGAGAGCAUAUGAACAAACAUGAGCUACAGCGAUACUGUUCUUUAAGGAAUAUCACCACAGAUAUAGGUCGGGGCAGAGCUUGGCUCCGAUCUGCACUGAAUGAACAUUCACUCGAACGAUAUAUGCACAUGCUUCUUGGUGAUGGAAACCAGCUAAGUGUCUUCUAUGAAGAUUGGUCCUUUAUGAGGGAUGAAGAGCGUGCAAGCAUGCUUCCAACCAUGGCAGCAGGGUUAAACUCAAUCCUCUUUGCAAUCAACAUUGACAACCAGGAUUUGAAUGGACCGAACAAGUCUGCAUCUGCAGUUGCUAACUUACUGAAGGAAUCAACACAAAAUGUCACAUGCCUGUUAAAGGAAUCCACCCAGGGGGUCAGCACGCUUCUGAAAGAAAUCUCAACAGUUUCUGCUGUGCCAAGUUUCAUGCGACCUGAGCCUGAAUCUGACCGACUGCCAGUUCUGUCUAAAACUGUAAACCAAGAUGCGAAAAGUAAAAGAGAAAAGAAGAAAAAGAAAAUGGUGCCAAAUAUUAUUUCCUUUGAUGGUGACAAUGAAGAGGAAGAACAAUGCUCUGAACGAGUGAAACAUUCAGAUGUGACAAUAGAAAGUUUUGAGGAAAAUUCAGAAAAACCUUCAUCUGUUUCUUCAGCUGUGAUUUUAACUGCAUUUGCUCCAGAUCUGUAUGGUAAACCAGAUUCUAAUGGAGAGGAGUUCAGCAACAGUAUCUUGAAGACUGCGGAUGUAUGUCUAAAUGGUGACGCUGUUCACAAGAAACGAGAUAUGAAAAGUAUCGAUGAUGACGAUGAUGAUGAAGAUGAAGAUGCAGAUGGGGAGCGCAUAUAUCAAAGUAAAGUGAACGAAGAGGACGGACUCCUUUCAGAACAACCUCUUGUGGAAAAUAUUUCCAUUGCACAAAUGUCCAGCUGGAAUACCCUGCAAGUUUUGAAUGAUAAUGAUAGUUCUGAUAUCCUGUUUCCAGUUGUUGCUGUAGGUUCCUGUUCGCAGUCUGAUGCCACGUCUGAUAACUUGAUAUACUGCGAUGAACAUGAAAAUGCCUCACUUGCUGUUGAGCUUGCCCAGAAAGGAUCCCAAUUUCAGUACAGUACUGAAGUCACUCCUCCUCUUCAGGCUGACAUUGGAGCUCUUUUGCCACCAGCUGCAGUCCCAGAAUCGAUGACUGUUGAUGAACUACGACAAGCCAUUAUAGCCAUGAUGAACAGAAAAGAUGAGCUGGAUGAGCAAAACAGAUCACUGCGGAAUUUACUUGAUGGUGAGAUGGAGCAUUCUGCAGCGCUCAGGCAAGAAAUUGACAACCAGCAAAAGAAACUGGCAGAGCAAGAAGAACGACAUGCUGCCAAGAUUCAGGCUUUGACAAGGGAAAAUGAAGUGUUGAAGGUGCAGCUGAAGAAGUACGUGGGAGCUGUCCAAAUGCUGAAGCGUGAAGCAAGCCAGUUGAACGAUGUUUUUCCAAACUUGAGGAGUGGUGAUACAGAUCUUGUGAUCCCAGAACCUAAACCUGUGGUGGAUAAUGAUGAACUGGCAAGCACCUAUGAGCGGAAGCUGAUUGAGGUAGCAGAGAUGCAUGGAGAGCUGAUAGAAUUCAAUGAGAGGCUGCACAGAUCACUAAUGGCCAAGGAAGCCCUCAUCUCCCAGAUGAGACAGGAGCUUAUUGAUUUAAGAGGACCAGUACCUGGUGAUUUAAGUCAAACCUCUGAAGAUCAAAGCUUAUCAGAUUUUGAAACGGCUCACUGUGCACUGAUAAAUGUCUGGAUUCCAACAGUGUUUCUACGUGGACGAGCUGCUAAUGCUUUUCAUGUGUAUCAGGUUUACAUUCGGAUCAAAGAUGAUGAAUGGAAUGUGUAUAGGAGAUACACUGAAUUCAGAGCAUUGCACAAUAGACUACGGACCAAAUUCCUGACAGUGAACACUUUUCAUUUCCCACCUAAAAAAGCUAUCGGAAACAAGGAUGCAAAGUUUGUGGAGGAACGUCGUAAACAGCUCCAGGAGUACAUGAGGAACAUAAUGAACAAAAUUAUACAGAUACUCCCACAAUUUACAUCCAGUCCUAGGAAAGAAACCCUUAUAAACCUGCUGCCAUUUUGCAUUGAUUUACAGCCAACGGGAGAACCUGCGAAUAUGACAAAGUCAAAGGUCGCUUCUAAGUUUUCUAGGUUGAGCAGGACUCACCACAGAGAGACGAGGAAUCCUGAGCCGCAGAGUGGUGACUUAUGACCAGUUAACGGUCUGAAGAUCUCAGCACACUGUUCAGCUGCUCUUUAUUUGAACCAUCAAAUAACCCUUCCAUGCACAGUUGAUUUAGAGGAAGAAGAUAAUGCUUCAGUGUUAUUUCUUGUGAAAUGAUGUGGGAAUAUGGUACAUUUUCAUGCACCUUUCAUUGUCGGUAUCUUUGAAUUUAUUAUUUGCCUUAAAGAACCAUCAAGAUAAAGUAAGACUCCUUUCACCUGCAGAGUUUGAAAUAUUUACAAUUUGCCUUGAUUAUUUAUUUUGGUGACACAAUCAGAAGAUCUCUCAAUUACUAUUUUUUUGCCAUGAACUCCAAAUGUGAUUCCUCAUCCUCCAGAACUAUAUCAACUUCCGAGUGUUCACUUUAACACCUUCGAAUACACUCCUUAUCUGUGUAUAAUAUCUUGGAGAAAGAAAGAUUUCUGUACCACUUUACAAAAAACACUUAUCUCAUUUUACAUCACGUACUCAAUCGAUAAAUCGAGUAAGAGUUUCAAGUUGAAUACAAUUUUUUCGAUGAGAAAUGGCGGGAGCUUUUCUCCUCUCUUCCCGACCUUACAUAGACAGUGUGAAGAGAGGUUUUGUUAAUGAUAAGAUACUCAAUAUGAACUGGAAACCCACGCUAUUAAAAAAACAGCAUUUUGUGUAAAAUAGCUUCCAAUAGCCUGAAAUCCAAUGUCGCCCUUACUUUUGUUUCUCAGUACAAUUUCCAAAUUUGAUUCUUUAGUUUAUAUUUGUCACUGCAAAUUUAUGAAGCCAGAGGCUGAGAAACAACUGCAGCUCGAGAUAGGCAAACUGCUCAAAGCAUCAGAAAGAGCCUUAUCAGUUGACACAGAUCCUACUUAGUGGCUGGUAGAGACCACAUCAGUGACACGGUUUCUACACGCAAGUUAUGAAUAACCCAGGAACAAUUUAAUAACCUUCACACCUUAAUCCUUUUUGUAAGAUUUUUAGCAAGGUAAUCUUGACUUUACUCCUUUACAGUGCAGAAUGGGGAUUAUAAAGAAAAUGUUUUAUUGUCAUCAUGCAGCAUACAGACGUCAGAUCACGACAAUAAGUAGUUGUUAUUCUGAGCUAGUACUGGCAUUCAGUGCUCAAGUCAGAGCUACAAGCCCACAAAGGCAAGGGUUGGGUACCACAACUUCAUACAUUUUAAUAAAUUCCAAGAUAAUACCUACUAGGUCUUUUUCCAAUAAGAGGUCACUAACAUGCAUUCAGAAAUAUUAGCCUUAAAAUUAAUAUAGAAAGCAAACAUAUAGUACAUAUUCUUAAAGCAGCUGUGAAUUUUAAUGCUUAAAAUAUCACUUUUAAAAUUAUACUUAAAUAAUAAGUAUAAUUGACUUUAAGAAAACAAUGUUUAUUUUGAAUAUUUUCUUUACUUUGAGACUUGCACUUUUACUUCUGGGUAUAUUUUUUAAACAUUUAAUGAAAUUUCAUUAGAACUCUCCCAUUUAUGAGUAUCGCCAAGGCAUAUUUUGCACCCUGCUUAAGUGUACUUGGUGACGACUAUUUCUCUGAAAGUUUACAUUGUAAAUAUGAAUAAUAUGAUUUGCCAUGCAAGGGAAAAUGCUUUCCCUCUUGAAUUCCUUUUCAGCUUUUAUAUUAAAUAUAUUUCUGCAUACGAUCUUUUUAAAUCAAUGUAUCACCCAGAUACAGUCAUGAUUCAUCUUGAAAAGCAAAUCUGCCAGAAUUACAAGCAAAGAAUUGUCCAUCUCAAAAUAUCGUCAAAUUACAAUGAUUUCACUCCUGCUUUUCUACUUUUACUCCAAAUUACCCCAAAUUUCUCAAGUUUCUUAAUCAAUAUGAGACCAAGUCAUUUUUGUACUCUGUGCUAUCAAUCUGCACCACUCCCAUUAAUGGCCCACUGCAGUAAUGCAGCCUUCACUAAUCCAUCCGACUCACACUUCAACUGCCCAAGUUUACUCCUAUCAAUUAGUGACAUAUUUAUAAUGGAUAUGGCAUUCGUCAUCCAAGAGGUCUUGAACUUGCUCAGUCCACUGCGUGCAAUCUUGAUGAAAGAAGACUUAGGGUCAGUGAGAUGGAACAAGCUAAUGGCGAACAUGCUAAUGUUUUCCAGAAAAUCUUUUAGCGAUUACAUUUAUGGGCACUUAUUCAAACUAUUGACUCCCAUGUUGGCACUUGUACAUUAGAUAGGUUGGCUCUGAUAUCAAACAGAUUCAUCUCUCCCCUGUCAAUGUGCAAAAUGUAGCAUUCAAUUGAUGUUAAGCACUGCAGUUAAAAUUUUACUUGUCAUUAGAAAUGCAUUGAGGAAAAUAUUUCAUCCAAUUGUGUAUAACUUGGCCAUUUAUAAGUGAAAUGGCCAAGUUAUACACAUUUAUAAGCUUCAAUAAAUAUGCAUGAUUAUGA